CUGAUUACUUCCACCCUGUCUGAUCAUAAAGAUCAUCAGCUGCUGUUGAUCGAGGAGGUUCGGUGACAGUAAUGAGAAAAUGCACGAGCGUCUGUGAUUUUACGGAGGUACUAUUCGUGUUCGGAGGUUUUUAACGAGAGUUUAAAAAAAGAGUUUGGCAGUUGACGUGAGGAGGACAUGAAGGAGCUAGCUUGUUGCUAACAGAAGAUGGAAGCUAAAAGCUGUUAGCUCAUGGUAAUAAACCGCCGGAGAGUGUUGGGUCGGAACUUCAGCGAUGGAAGAAGUUGAUAAGAUCCUGAUUCACGCGCUCAGACAUGUCGGCACGGAGCUGGGGGUGGAGGUCGACAGCCUGAAGCAGUUCAGCAGCGACCUGAUCGUGGAGGCGGUGGUCCGAUGUGUCCGGGUCAUCGAGCCGGGCCUGGGGGGCGCCCUGCCCGCCUCACUGCCCCCCGGCAUGUCCGCCCGCUUCCGGGUGGGCAUGAGCCUGGCUCAGGCCUGUCAGGACGUCGGCUACAAAGGAGAGAUCGGCUACCAGACGUUCCUGUACAGCAACGAGCUGGAGAUCCGCUCGCUGCUCAUGUUCUUGGUGGAGAAGCUUCCCAGAGAGAGCGCCGAGGCUUCGGACCAGUCCACAGGAAAAUCAGCCGUCCUCCAGAGAGCCGUCGCCGCCGCCAUCAGAGCCCAGCUGGCUGCUGCCUGGGUGCCUCCGAGCUGCAGGCUGCCCCUCCACUGUGAAACUCAGAGUCAGGGAGCGCUGCACAGCUUCCACGUCCAGCCGCUCACCUUCCCUCACUGCACCGAAGCUUCAGACCUGCAGCGCCUCAAAGACGUGAAGGACUACCACCGAGACGUCCUUCCUCCCGUCACCGCACAGACGUCCAGUCGAGCCUCCACGGCGGCGUCCAUCUUGGAGCGACACACGGCGGAACUGAGCGGCGCUCAGGAGUGGGACAGCGAGUGGAAGAGUCAGGGACUUCUGUCCCGCCUCACACCGCAGGAGUACCGCUCCAGGAAGCUGACCCGACUGCGCAAACGCAUCGAGGAGCAGCUACGUUCGGCUGCUGCUCCCUCUUCUGAACGCGCCUUCAGCUUUUCUCGCUCCACCCCUGAGCUGUCGGAGCUGCUUCAGACCUUCAGAGGCUCCGCCCCCUUCGACCGCGUCCUGACCAAGGGAACCCAUUUCACCCACACUCGGAAGUUCACCUUCACGCAGGAGGAGGCGGCGGUAACCAGCCCCGUCCUUACCGGGCGCCAGUCUGAGGGCGACAUUCAGCUCCGUCAGCAGGAGGAGCUCGCCUCCCUCCAGGAGCAGUUCCAGCAGCUCUGCAGUGACGUCGACCAGCUGGCAGCAGACAUGAAACAUGUGAACGUCACAAACGCUCAGGUGUUGGACGAGCUGAAGCAGAGGCAGCUGGGAAACGCCGAGGAGGAGGAGAAGUUGCAGGUGAAGAAGAAAACCGUAGACCUGCUGCCCGACGCGGAGAACAACCUGCUGAAGCUUCAGGCUCUGGUGGAGGGCGGAGCCAAGCGGGUGGUGAACCUGGCGUCCCAGUGGGAGAAACGCCGAGCGCCGCUCAUCGACGAGUAUCGCAGGCUUAAAGAGAUCUGCAGCAACAAAGACCUGGAGUCGAACAGGAAGCUCUCCGAGAUCAAGUCUCUGCACGAAAAAAUCUGCGUUUCCACAGAGGAGGCGAAGAAGAAGGAGGAAAUGUACAAACAGCUGGUGACAGAGUUGGAAAGUCUUCCGAAAGAUGUGUCUCGGUCGGCGUACACUCAGAGGAUCCUGGAGAUCGUCGGCAACAUCAAGAAACAGAAAGAGGAGAUCACAAAAAACUGUAAUCAGCUGAUCCGAACCAUCGAGGACACGGGAACGAUCCUCAGAGAGAUCCGAGACCUGGAGGAGCAGAUCGAGACAGAAAACGGGAACAAAACCGUGUCGAACCUGGAGAGGAUCCUGGACGACUACCGGGCGAUCCGACAGGAGAACUCUGCUCUCGCUGCUAAAGUCCGAGAAGGCUGA